AUGGUUGGAAAGAAACCUUUAAGGUCACGAAGCAAUGGUCAUUGGCGUGCCUACAUUGAAAGCUCCGAGGACGAAGUCAGCAAAAGUACGGAAGGCGAUUCAUCUGGUGGUGAGGAUGCUACUAACGGUGGCUCCACGGAUCUGGUUCUCCCUUCUUUGCCCAAAUCCGAUGGUGAGGAGAAGGACGAAGGACCCUACUAUGACUAUGAUCAGGAGUCAGUUAAGAGUGACGAUGACAAAGACAAUGACAAGAAAGAGGACAUGAGCAGCGACGAAUACCUCAACAAUGCGAUGGAAAAGGCAAAGAAUGCUGCUCGUACAAAGAAAGCCCAAGAGGUCUUGGCUCGUCUCCAUGACCAGAAGCGACAGCAUGGAGAAGAUGUGACUUGGGUCGAAGACAAGAUGGUUGAUGUCAAUUCGUUUAUCCGCGACUUUCAUCACGAAUUGGAUCGACUCCUCCUCAAAGAAGGCGAGGAGAAUACGAUGGAGGUCAAGAACGGCUCAGCAAAGAAGAGAGGAAAUGAGGAGGUUGAAGGCCCUGACUUUGAUGACGAUGACCUUUAG